UACUUGCCACGGUUGUUAAGUGAAUCUGGCUUCCCCGUGGACUUUGCUUGUCUGGAGGUGGCAGAAGGGGGUCAUGUGACUCCCGGAACUCUGAAACCGUCAUAAAUGUGUGUGUCAAUUGGAACUGCUGCUGUGUUUUUCUUUUCAAGAAAAAGACCACAGGCCAUCUUUGACUUAACAACCAUAAUUAAGCCAGGAAUUGUGGUUGUUGUUUGUUCAGGUUGUUAGGAAGGUCCGUGCUUGGCUUUAUGACAUUUUUUUCUUUUGCAACGUCACUAAGCAAAACCCAAAUAACAUUUGGCAGGGACUCUGCAAAUGGCCAUAAAUGUGAAUUUAGUAUUUAGUAUUUAAUAAAUUUAUAUGCCGCCCAAUCCCGAAGGACUCUGGGCGGCUUACAGAAAAUACAAAUGCAUUGGUGCAGCCUGAAUUAGUUGCCAAGCACCCCAAAACCCAUCGGGUCGCUUUGAAGCUGGUUUGACGGACAGAACUUCAAAUCCCUUGGUCGCUAAGUAGCGAGGACUACCUGCCACGCACUGAGCGAGCGUUUUAGUUUUGCUUUCGUUUCAAGCAGAGGUGAACUGAGAGGAGACAUCACAAGAGGUUUUUAGCCAUGUUGUUGGGAGUUCAGUAGGUCCAACUGGCCUCGUCCGAUGAGAUUCACUUCUCCUCCUUCUCAUCCUCAACCCUUCAGAUUGACUUCCUCAAUUCGGUCAUUGUGGACCUUCAAGAGAAAAACGCCGAACUAAAAUCGAAACUGAACAAGAUGUCUGAGGCCGCUCUCAACGGAGACGAGGAAGAAGUUAUUAACUACGACAGCGAGGAGGACAACCAAGUCAAGAGGAAGCCUCGUCUCUUCUGCGACAUUUGCGAUUGUUUCGACCUCCACGACACCGAAGAUUGUCCCACGCAAGCCCAGGCGCCCGAGGAACCCCCCCACUCCACGUACCACGGCAGUCGGAAAGAGGAACGCCCGUACUGCACCAUUUGCGAGAUGUUUGGACACUGGACCGCCAAUUGCAACGACGACGAGACCUUCUGACACAGGGCAGGAGCGGAGAGAACGGACGUUGCUUCGGGCGCUAGUUGGACCUUGUCCUCCAACCACCAGUCUCCUAGGGUGGGGCCAGAAGGAGAGAGAAGGGACCGGCACUCUUUCCUCCCAGAAUUCCUUGCAGCAGCCGCCCAGCUUAGAAAGACGCAGUGGGAGAUCUGGUCUUCCACAAGCAAGAUAGUUUAUUCUGCCCUUCUUGAGAUGGAAUUAAAAUAAAUAAUUUAACAGGGGCUGCCAAUUUUCAUUUAGAAAUUUCAUUUCCUGGUUUUGCAUCCAGAAAACUUAUUUCCGGUCACGUGGCUUAAUUUGGGGGGGGGGGGGGGGAGGAGGUGGGGGUGUCAAACCAGCAGGCCCCGAGUUCUAUUUUAGCUCACUUAAAAGCUCUUUGAAAUGAUGCUGUUAAUGUCUCUUAUUUGCACUACGUUGCUCCUUUCAAGCUGUACAUUUGUUUCUGUCACGUUCUGACACUGGAAUGGGUUCACGAGACGAGCUCUUAUUUUCUUAUUUUCCCAAACGUUUGUUCGUUUCUGUUUUUCCUCUGCUUCGAGGAAAGUCUCGAUCAACCGACACGCGUGAGCGAAAACCUUCGCGCGUGUGCUACUGGUGCAAGAUCUAGAAGUAGUGCCUUCCUGUCUGCGAGAUUUCUUUUUUAACAGUGCGAGAUUUUGUCGAGGC